AUGAAAGUCUUGCUUCAAGUGGCCGCAGCGCUGUCGGCGCUGUCGCUGGCAGCUUCGACAUCCUCGCCCGUCGACCACGUCCUGGACACGACGCUGGGCGCCAACAACGGGGAUGUCGUCAAGGACGCCAAGUGGUAUUGGGAGAACGACCACGUUUUCAACUCGGCGCACCUCGACUUCUUCGAGAACUUUCACCCCAACGACGAGAACCAAACUUGCUCCAGCGAUCGGCACGCCACGCCCUUCAACCGACAGGUGCGUGGCGCCAACCUCGGCGGCUGGCUCGUGCUGGAGCCGUGGAUCACUCCCACGCUCUUCUACCAGUUCCUGGGCACUCAGCAGCGCUUCGGCGACAAGGCCCCCGAGAAGACGGCGAUGGACAUGUACACCUUCUGUACGGCGCUCGGCAAGGAGGAGGCCAACCGCCAACUCCGCAUCCACUACGAGGCCUGGGUGACCGAGAGCGACCUCAAGGAGAUGGCCGAGGCCGGCGUGAACUCGCUGCGUGUCCCCGUCGGUGACUGGAUGUUCAACCCGUACGAGCCGUACAUCGGGUGCACGGACGGCGCCGUCGAGGCGCUCGACCGCGUCGCCGACCUCGCCUACAAGUACAACAUCGACUUGCUGAUCGACAUCCACGGCUUGAUCGGCUCGCAGAACGGCUUCGACAACAGUGGCAUGUCCUCGUCUGUCAAGUGGACAUCGAUUGCCAGCACUCGUCCCAUCGGUACGACCACGUUCGAGCACUGGCCCGUGCGCUCGGCCGGUUGGGCCGGCGAGUUCGACCCCGCCACGAACACGUACAAGUCCAUCAACUACGAACACCUGAACCACUCGCUUGCCACGGUCGCUGCCAUCGUCGACCGAUACGCGGACCACCCGGCUAUCAUCGGCCUGGAGCCUGUGAACGAGCCGUGGGAACUCACGCCCAUCGACCUCCUCAAGGACUACUACUGGAAGUCGUACAAGCGCGUCAAGGCCCGGGCUCCACACUGGAAGUUCGUGCUGCACGACUCGUUCCGCUUCGGGGUGCAGUACUGGUCGCAGUUCAUGCGUGGGUGCCCCGACAUCGCGCUGGACACGCACAUCUACCAGGCUUGGAAUGCUCCGGGUACGCGCUCGGACUACUUCUCCAACGCCUGCCAGCAGAAGUACGUGGUCGCAGAGAUGGAGAACGCCAUGAUGCCCGUCAUUGUCGGCGAGUGGUCGCUGGGCACCGACAACUGCGCCAUGUGGCUGAACGGCUUCAACGACAACCUGCCGGGCUUCCCCAACAUUCAAUGCCGCAUGACGAAAUGCCCCGUGCAAAGCACCUACUUGGGCCACAACUUCCCAGGCACCCCGCUCGACGUCACCAAGCCGAUCCAGGGCCCGUACGGCACGGGCCAGUCUGGUCCGUCCUUCGGCUUGUGCCCGAUUACAAGCAACACGUCCUUCGGUCAGCAGAAUAAUUUCGACGAGCUCGAGUUCACGCGCAACCUCAACAUGAAAAAGCUGAACGCCUUCGCGGUGGGCCACGGCUGGUACUUCUGGAACUUCAAGACGGAGUUCGGCUCGCGCUGGAGCUUCUUGGACCUGGUCCGCAAGGGUGCGUUCCCGAAGAACGUGUCGAACUACCGCACCGAAGAAGAAGUGUUCACGGCCUGCUUGGCAGAGGACAAGGGCGCCUUCAUCUGCGCGGCCAAGCGCGGUGUCCACCACUCCGACCUUGAUAGAGGCCUCGACUUUGCCUGCGGUGGCAGCGACGGCAAAGUGGACUGCUCAGACAUCGAAGAGCGCUUCAGCACGCUCGAGGAGCGCUGCGACUGGGCGUUCAACGAGUACUGGCACGCCCACCGCGAGGAAGGCGCCACUUGCGACUUUGGCGGUGCCGCACACCUUCUGGCCAUUCCCAGUCCGUCCAGCGUGGCGCGCCAGGAGUUCCUGGCCACCUCCGUGAGCAAGCAGAUCCUCAUCUGGACCCUCGUCGGAGUCGUCGUGGGCUUCGUCGGACUCGCUGUUGUGAUGGCCGUCACGCGACACAGGAGGCGGGCCGAAUACUCGCCUUUGAUCGGGCACAUCGUGAACGUGAACGUCUAAGCCGGCAUUGAACUGUAAGGUAUGAGUUGAUGGGGAUCAUAAGAUAAAUACGACAACAUUGUCAAGCCU